AAUGAUACUCAGGUGAAUUGUGGACUGCUGGAAGAAAACAUUCACAGCCUGACACACGGAGGACAUUGUUACACAUACAUGCACACUCAUUUUCUCUCUCUCUCUCUCUCUCUCUCUCUCUCUCUCUCUCUCUCUCUCUCUCUCUCUCUCUCUCUCUCUCUCUCUCUCUCUCUCUCACACACACACACACACACACACACACACACACACACACACACACACACACACACACACAUAAUGGCGAGUUUUGGGAAGCUGAUUAAUUGGAGAGACGGACGCCGCAGUGGAAGCUACUGCUGUAGUGCAGCUGAGGCCAGGUUAUUAGAGCGUCGUCUUCAGAGACCCCUGCUGGCCAAGUCUAGAACGUUACCCAGCAUCCCUCAAUCUCCCAUCGUGGGAAGAGUGAAUCAGAACUCUCAGCUGGAUGGUGGAAGUGAGCCCUGCUCCCAAUUGUCAUCUAGCCCCACCCACUUCAGUGCCUGCACAUUGCCCCCUGCAGAUUAUGCAUGGCAAUUAGAAGAUGAUAAUGAAGGUGAAGAACACCAGAUGGGAUCAGAUGUGACGCCCCGUCCACAUUCACAGUCGCCAUUUUCCCAAUUACACAGACGAGCUGCAUAUCUAAGAAAGAGUAUUUCUGUUGAUGGUCAUCUGGGCGUGUCUGAGUAUGACUCCGCCCAUUCAGAAAGGCGGGACUCACGCAGUGGAAACGAAAAGCUGAGGAGAAAAUUGAGUCUUGGUUCUGCUGACAGAAAGGAGGCGAGGCAAAGAAGGGUGGACUCUGGUAUUCUGCGUCUGACUCAGCGUCUCUCUGUAAAAGACAAGAAGCAGGAGAAGAGUUUCUACAGGAGGCGCUCUCUAAGCGUUGACUGGGCAGAGUCUAAGAUGACUCAGCGGGUUCAGGACCAUUGUCCACCAGCACUGCGGAAAUAUUCCGGUUUGUCUUGUUCUUCCCCACCCAACGCCGCGCGCCGUCUCUAUAGAAACCUUUCUGGAAAAUUUCGCCUGGCAAAUUCAGAAGAAACGGAUAACAAGGAGCAGCUCCGCAAAGCCGACGCAUAUAAUAGGGCUUUGUUUGAAGCAGUGGAACAGCAGGAUCUGGAUCUAGUUGAAUCGCUCCUGAAGAACUUCAGUGCAGAAGAACUGGACCUAAAUACUCCAAACAGUGAAGGGCUUCUUCCACUAGACGUUGCCAUCCUCACUAAUAAUGUCCCUGUGGCUAAACUGUUACUGCUGAGCGGUGCUAAAGAGAGCCCACACUUUGUGAGUCCUGAGGCGAGAUCAGUUCAUCUGGUUGCCUUGGUGAAGGAGGCAGAGCUUCGUGUGUCUGAACUAGCUGCGAAGGUGAAGGGGGCAGAUUCAACAGAUGAAGGGUCUGAAACAGAAAUAGAGAGGCAACUGAAGGCAUGGGAGUGGAGACUCCGCCUCUACAAACGCAUGCAGACAGGAUACACACAUACUAGCCCUCCCGACCCACCCAGCUGUGUACGACUCUCCAUCAGCAGCUCUUCAAGUCUUAAAGUUAAUUUUCAGGAGCCUCUUUGCCUCAAUGCUGCUAUCAUCACCAAAUACCGUGUGGUAUGGAGUUCUUCUCCUAACUUUACUCUACUGCUUGGGGAGAUUGUGAUUGAGGACACAACCUUACUGCAAUGUGACAUCACAGGCCUCCAAGCUGGUGUACAUUAUUAUGUUCAGGUGUUUGCAUAUAACAUGAAGGGAUGGAGUGAACCUCAGAUAUCUGUACCUGCCUGUGCUACUCCAUCAGGAUGGAGGGACGUGGAUGGUCGUGUGCCAAGGUUAAACAGUCUCAUUGAGACGCUGCUCCAGAUCCAGAAACAGAUUAAACAGUCGCACCAGCACUGUGUGUGUCAUGAUCAGUGCAAGGGACCAUCAAAUAUCAGGAAACACUCUGUUUCUAAAAGUCUGAGACAUCUCUUCCAGUCCACCAGCAAAUUCAUUAAAAGUCUGAAAAGGGGUUUGUACAUAGCAUGUGUGUUUUAUAAAGACGACAACAUUGUGGUCACAGCAGAGGAGCAGCUGCCCAUCAUUGAAGUGGAUGAUUCUUACAGCUCCCUCACACAAGACUUUCUGUGGUUUACCAAGGUGACAUAUUUGUGGGAGGAGAUUCUGUGGUUGCAGCAGUGUGCUAGCUCCACCCACUUAUCCUGCUCCUGCACCCUGCAGACACGCCUUAAAAUUCUACAAGCUUUAAUACAGCUUCAGGCUCUGCUGGGCACUCAGGACCUGGGCCAGGUGUAUUUCGAGCCCCUGCGUGAUAAGCAUGGUAAUGCUUUGUUAGUGUUACUUCGUGAUUUGGGUGGAUGUUCAGAUCUGGACACACAGCGUUGGAUUAAACUCCACAAACUCCAGGUGCAGCGUAAAUCCACGGGUUGUGCAGAUGAACCUACAGCUCUGGACACACUCCUCAUUACCCUGCAUGAGAAGCUUUCCUAUCAUAAGCGCAGUAGGAAGAUGCUCUCUCCUGGGCUCUAUCUGGGUUAUAUGAAGCUCUCCAGCUCCGUGGAACAGAUCAGAGUUUUGGUUCCUCAGAAAAUCCCCAAUGUGUUUUGCCAUGUCAAAAUACGAGACAACAACCAUGUCUCCAGGGAGGAGUGGCAGUGGCUGCAGUCGGUACGUUCUCUGGACGACACGCAGGAUGUGUAUGUUAAUGAGCAAAAUGCUGCACAUCGUCUCUUACUGGAGUUACGCAAUGCUGCCAAUGAUCUGCUUGGGCGCAUAAAUGUUCCAAACAACCAGGCUCAGGAAUUUCGUAUUUACAUUCAAGAUGUGCUUGAGUUUGGAGAGGGUGUGUCCUUCUUUUUGCUCCUCCCACCCUAUGAGGAAGUGUGUACGCCGCCUGGGCAAAAUAACUUCUCCCCUCGAUCUGGAUUUUUUACCUUACCUCUACAGAUCUUUGAACUGGUUCACUUUGGAGCAUACUGUCCCAAUUUUAUUGGUCAGUACUGCCGUGCAUCAGCCAGCUUGGAUCUGGAGUCCCUCAUUUCCCAGCAGGCUUUGCGAGAGGCAUUUUCUGAGUCUGAGAUGCUUACUGCCAAGCAGAGACAUCAGAAAAUCCAGGAACUCUUACAGGCUGAUGAGGUUUGGCGUGAGGCUCGUUGGAUGGUGGAGGUCUUACAAUUCGCCCGUUAUAAACAACAACGAGCUGGUGUGAAUCUAGGCUCCAUCAUUGACUUUAGUAAGGAGAACAUUGUUGAAAAAACACCUUCUACAUCUUCCCAGCCUGACUAUCUGCCCUCACCUGCCCCCUCAUCUCCCCCCUCACCAGUCGAAUCACCUGCCCCUUCACCAGACAGUGGCCGCAAUUACCACGAUCCUCUGUCUGAUGAUGAAGGUUCUUUAGAGGUAUUUCUUACUCCAGACAGUGAUUACAGCUCCAGCCCGCGUGAACUUGACCUCCUACCACCAUCACACCCUCUUCCUUACGCACAUACUCUUGAUCAGCCAGAUGUGCUGUGCUCAGGGGGUGGAGUCAUUGACAUAGACAGUGACUUUGUCCUGCCGAGUCGUCAGAUCGAGCUGCUGCGCAUCACAGAGAAAAAAACAGCAUUGUGUGUGCGUACCAGCAGCCUUGAAACCCCACCAACUCCAUCAGUGACAACACCAAACCCCUCCCCUGCAAAGGUUUGGUCACGCCCAAGACCUGUACGUUCCCUUUCGGAGGACAGCGGGAGGAAGCAAAACUCCUCCCACUGCAGAAACCCAACCUACAGAUCCUGCUACUCAACAGUCAGGGUUUAUCCACAAUUCCACACGGGGCUUCCUAAGGAGACUAGCGUUAAGCUGAAAGUGACGAUACACACCACAGCAAGGGAGAUGGUGCAGCUGGUGGUUCAGGAGAUAAACGGACUGUGUGCACGUCUUCAGAGUUCGGCCCGGCAGUGUGUGUGCCCUGCGCAGGUCUGUGUGUGUGGAACAGAAGUGUGUGUGUAUGCAUCAGAGCAGCUGGACCACUUUGCACUGGUCCUCCUCACAGAAGGACAGGAGAAAUGGCUGCAAGAUGAUUUCUGUCCUCUCACACUCCAGAACCCGUGGACUCAUGGCAGGCUGUGUGUACGCUUUAAACAGCGUUCUCCUCUUGCUCUACAGCAUGGCAGAGCCACUGCAGUGUAGCAUGCAAACACACAUGCACGCGCGCACACACACACAUGCAUGCACACACACACACACACACACACACACACGCAUGCACUCACACACACACACACACACAUGCAUGCACUCACACACACACACA